GGAAGAGUUCGAAAAAGCGUUGAAAACGCUGGCGCUAUUGCGUGAAAGUGACGAAUGCUUCUGCAAACAGGAACUUGACUUCACCGUUGGCUGUGCUGUGCGCCACGUUGGUGCUCCAGCGGUGUUGUCUGUAAUACCGCUUGGCAUUGAUGCCGAUGCUGCCAUUCUUAACACUGAAUUCACCAGAUCCUGGUUGAUUCCUGUUCUGCGUGUAAACUUGCACAAUGCUCCUUUGGCAUACUUUUCGUCUCAUAUACUACCGCUGGCAGUAAAAAUCUACAGGCGUCUUGGAUCAUUGGAUCCCGUACCACAACGCUUAUACAUGACUUUGCAACUGCAAUUGUGGGAGCUCUUGCCCUCAUUUUGUGAUUCUCCUUCGGAUUUGGAAAAAGCGUUUCCCCAGCUGGCCCCAGUACUCGGUGCAGCAAUGAAUGAGAGAAGUGAUCUUAGGCCACAGAUCCUUUCUGCAUUACGUCGUGUGCUGCGAUUCGCUCUUUUGCCGGACGCUCCUCCAGAACGUGUUGAAGUUGUCAGCUCCUAUGCCAAAAAUUUUAUGCCGUUGUUGUUCAACAUGUACACAUCAAACGCUGGUAGUGAUCAGGAUGAUAAAGGUGUACGAAUGGCUGUGCUGGAAACGAUUCGAACAUAUGCAGAACUUACUCCUAAAGAUUUGGUGGCCAAUUUCGUUGAUGCAGCAAUAACGAAAGCGAAUGGUGCUUCUGAAGAUCCUUCUAAACAAGCUCGUAUACUGGAUAUCCUAUGUGCUAUUUCACGAAGUGCUGAUUGCAACACUUUGGAUAAGGUCAUGGACACUAUAAUUCCUUGGUUUGCGGUGGACACAAUGCAGAAGAAAGCGUUCCGAAUUAUGGAGGAAAUUUUGGCAAAAAGGGCUUCACCUGAUCUGGAGUCCUUCUUUUCAUCAAGAUUAUCCGAUUUCGAAAACGCGUUGUUGCGUCCUAUCGCUUCGGUGGUGCCUCCUGCUCGAGCAGCCUUCUGUUCAUCCAUUCAAUUACUACUCGAUUCAUUCGCUGAUCUUUCGAGGUUGUCCGAUUUUUCUCUGAAAACGCUCGAUGCUGUUGUUUUGUGCUUGGACAAGGCUAAUAACACUCAUACCCGUUCCAAUGCCAGUAAAUGUCUGCAGUACAUGUUUAAAAAACUGAUUGAAGUGGGAACAGAGAACGAGCAGCAAAUAUCAGCAGUUCUGAGCGGUAUAUUAGCAAGAAUCUACGAAUUAGCAACACCAUGUGGUGAUUCCGACAAUGGGGGCGUGGAAAUGAACAUAGCUAGAUCAACGUUGGUGGCCUUCAACAUAAUAGCUCAAAAAUUACUCCGAGUUUUAAACGGAGGACAUAUUUCACGUCUGGUUGCCCAUGGAUGUGCAUGGAUAGGAGAUGGCCGGCCACCUGUUCGAAUACUAGUUAUUAGAUUACUGCGAGUACUUGUACAAAAGAUGCCCGAGUACGCUUUACAGCAGUAUCGUGAUCUAAUACUCAAUUCAGUAUUUGAAGGUCAACUAACAUGUGACGUCACCUCCAAGGUCCGCAAAGCAAAUCGUCUACUACUGGAGGUACUUGUUGCCAAAUUUGGUGUAAAUGUGCUGCUCAAAUAUACAAGCAAGCCUGAAUGGGUAAAGCAGUUGAGGAAUAUCGAAAAAAUCAAUAGGAGAAAAGAACGGCAAGCUAGUGGUGGAGGGAACGCAAAGGACAGUGAUGAAGAGAAUAGUGAAGCGGGUUCACGAAUGACUGCUCGAACUGCUGGAGCUGACACCAUAUUAAAGCUACUCGAGGAUAGUGAUGCCUCUGAAAGUGACGGUGAAGGAGAGUUAGCCGAAAUGAAG